GCAAGCAAGGGACUGAGUAAUAAUUUUCACUUAUCGAAAUCAAGGUCUGCCUUGUGAAACGAGAGAGAGCAAAAGAGGGGAAAGUAGGAGCUGACUGUUUGCCGGCCGAGCUCAAGUGAACUGCCGGUGGACCGACCAACUUUCCUUCAGUUGUUGGUAAACCCUUACGCACCCCUGUUUCUCUGGAAAACUACCGAAAGAUUGAAAGAAAACAAAAACCCAAAAGCUUGAAAGUGCGCCGUGUAAUCCACUAUUGGUCUUUCCUUCGCUGUUCAAAUAGGCUGGAGGCUUCCCUGACAGCUCUGGACAUUAAGCAACCCUUUACCGCAGUCUAUCUCACCUGGAAAUCCAAGGAAUUUCAAGGGAUUCGCAGAAAUGGACGAAACGAUACCGUUUAAGAAUCUGCAUAGCAGAGAGUAUCAAGGUCACAAGAAGAAGGUGCACUCGGUAGCUUGGAAUUGUACCGGCACGAAGCUUGCUUCUGGUUCUGUUGACCAAACAGCUCGUGUUUGGCUCAUUGAGCCUCACGGCCAUGGUAAAACCAAAGACAUUGAAUUGAAGGGCCAUACUGAUAGUGUGGAUCAGCUUUGUUGGGACCCGAAGCACACUGAUCUGAUAGCAACUGCUUCAGGUGACAAGACAGUUCGUCUAUGGGAUGCUCGUAGUGGAAAAUGCUCUCAGCAGGCAGAACUUAGUGGGGAGAAUAUAAACAUUACAUAUAGACCUGAUGGAACCCAUAUAGCUGUCGGGAACCGGGAUGAUGAACUGACGAUACUGGAUGUUCGCAAAUUUAAGCCAAUUCAUAAGCGCAAGUUCAACUAUGAGGUAAAUGAGAUUGCUUGGAAUAUGACAGGAGAGAUGUUCCUUUUGACAACUGGGAAUGGUACUGUUGAAGUGCUAGCCUACCCAUCUCUUCGACCACUUGACACAGUUGUAGCUCAUACAGCUGGUUGCUACUGCAUUGCCAUAGAUCCAAAAGGAAGAUAUUUUGCCGUAGGAAGUGCUGAUUCCUUAGUUAGCCUUUGGGAUAUUUCAGAGAUGCUUUGUGUCCGGACGUUUACAAAACUAGAAUGGCCUGUCAGAACCAUAAGCUUCAACUACACGGGAGAUUAUAUAGCUUCUGCUAGCGAAGACCUGUUUGUUGAUAUAUCAAAUGUUCAUACUGGACGGUCGGUGCAUCAAAUCCCAUGUCGAGCUGCCAUGAACAGUGUUGAGUGGAAUCCCAAGUACAAUUUACUUGCAUAUGCUGGGGAUGAUAAAAACAAAUAUCAGAAUGAUGAAGAAGCCAACAUCUUUAAGGAAUUGAAGUUUCAAGUUUUGGCACGAUGAAUGGUAGUAGAUUACAGUUGGAUGAAAAAGCUUUGUCUAUCCGCUACUCUCGCAUCCUCAACGGAUUCAUCUACCCCUUUUAUCGUCGACGUCGUUGCACUUAGAACAAAGCACAAAAAGACUCAAAUGUAGAAUCGCAGCUCACUCUCGUGUUUCAACGUCCUCAUCAUCGCAAGCUUCAUUGACUCCAGCAUUGCAGCGUCCGUCGACCUUAGACGGACCUUAGCAUUGCAGCGUCCGUCGACCCUAGCAUCGCAGCGUCUUCGCCAUUGACCUUCGCCAUCGACCCUAGUGCCCAUUGAUCCCAACCCGAUGUGGGAUGAGAGGACCAGGAAAAUAUUUUUAUUUUAGAUUGGAUGAGAGGAUCAAAAGGAGGGAGAAUGAGGAUGGUUUCUGCAUUUAAGGAUUAGGUGAGGGUAUUUAAGGUUUUUUAUGUGUGUUUAACGGAAUAUCUUAACGGCUGUUAAUAGAAGGAUGUAAUAGCUGUAUUUUAAAAACACGAGGGAUAUUUUAAUUGGAGUUAAAAAUUACAAGGAUCAACUAAUAAAUUUUAUUAGAACUCAAGUAUUUUAUAGUAAUUUUUUCAAUAAAAAUUUAAAUGAAUUUUUACAUGAUCUUGUAUGUUUUAUAUUUAUUUUAAAAUUAUUUUUUUAAAUUAAAGAGAAUUGAAUUAUUUUAUUUCAAAUAAAAUAAUUGACAAAGAAAAAGUUAAUUGAAUUGAAUUCUUUCAAAAAUUUGAACAGUAGAAUAUUGUGUUCUAAAGCAAUUUAAACUUGUUAUAAGUUCCUUAUGCUUUUAUUAAAUAUUUUUUGUAUGUUUUUUUGUGACAGGUGUUUUUCGAAUAUUUGGCUUUGAGAGUGCCUAAAUUAUGCUUCGGGCGGUAUUAUGUUGGAAUAUCGGAAUUUUGG